GCUGGAGUUGAAAAGGACGAAGAAAAAGAAGUUGAAUAUGAGGAAAACAUACCCGCGAGAAUCGGAAAAAUCGUAGGUGAAACUAAAGAUGAAAACAACGACAAUGAAGCUAACGAAGAUGAAGAAGAUAAUGAUGACGACGAUGAGACGAUCGUAGACGAAGAAGAUGAUGAAAAGAAAGAAGACGUAGAAGAACUUACCAAAAAAAGUAAAGACCUGGAUUACGCCUGCGAAUCGUGGAUAAAGAAAGUUGAAGGAUUUAGAAGUAGGGAAUGGCGUUGGAAACGUGCAGAAGACGGCGAUUCGAAAGAACAAUUCGAUCCUGGUGGGUUUGACCGAAGCGGAAUAAUAGUGGAAAAGGAUUUGGAAAAAGCUAAUGAAAACGCAAAAAAAAGGCUACAUCAUGAACUGGUUACGCCUCACUAUUACAUUACCGCUCUUAGGGUUUACGAUAUCUUUGUCGUUGUCGGCAUGGCUCAAAUCUAUCGAACGGCCAUAGUCAUCUAUUAUGAUAUUCAAGACUUAAGAGUUGCAGAA